AUGGAGCCAGAACGCUGCUUUGACUCCAGAAACACUUCAUGUUUGAAGUCAAGUUAUCCCAUGCCCCUACAUGUCACCCUCUACAUCAUUUUCGGGGUCAUAAUCAUCCUAACAGUGUGUGGAAACCUUUUGGUCACUUUCUCAGUGGCUUAUUUUAAGCAGCUCCAUACGCUAACAAAUUACCUGAUUUUCUCUCUGGUUAUGUCUGACGUGCUUUUAGGGAUAAUAGUCAUGUUUCCUGGAAUGAUUCGAUUUAUAGAGACUUGUUGGUAUUUUGGGGACUUCUUCUGUAAAGUCUCAAUAAGUUCAGAUAUCACGUUGAGUACAGCAUCAAUUCUGAAUCUGUUAUUCAUUUCAGUCGACCGAUACUACGCUGUUUGCCAACCUCUGCUUUACAGAAGUAAAAUAUCAGUGAAUGUUGUGUUGAUCCUGUUCCUGAUCUGUUGGAAGUUAAAUAUUUUGGGUGUUGAAGAGUUUUAUUAUAAACAUGUUGCAUGUGAAGGAGGAUGUGUUGUGUUUCUGAGUGGAGUGUCAAGUACUGUCUCCUCAGUGACUAACUUUUACUUGCCCGGAAUAAUAAUGCUUUGUGUUUACCUUAAGAUUUACCUUGUAGCAUGUAGACAAUUUUGCAGCAUUCAGAAUGCAGGAUGUGUGAACUCAGUAAAAACAUCAAACACAAGCCAGACAAAGGCCACUAAAACCCUAGCUAUUGUAAUGGGGGGUUUUCUGUGCUUUUGGACUCCAUUUUUUGUUUGUAACAUCCUCAGUCCUUUUGUUAGUUACUCAACACCCCCAAAAUUGUACGAAACCCUUGGAUUCUUGAAUUCUGCUGUGAACCCAAUGAUAUAUGCAUUCUUUUAUAGUUGGUUCAGAAAGGCUUUUAAAUUAUUAACCUCAGGUAACAUCUUUAAAUCUGACAUUUCAGAGACAACACUUUUCAAUGAGUGA